AUGGCACUGAUGGGGCUGCUCGUCAAGGUACUUGGUCUGGGAGCCCUCUUCAUCAUCUCUCAAUACGUUCUAGCGUACUUACAAUCACCGCUCAAGAAGAUCCCUGGGCCGUUCCUAGCCAAGUUCUCCGACAUAUGGCGUUUCUUGAACCACUAUGGGCAAACCCACAUUGAAACACAGAGGAAGCUCCAUGAGCAGCAUGGUGACAUUGUCCGCCUUGGCCCCAACACCGUGAGUGUUGCAGAUCAGAGUCUGAUCAAGACUAUCUACAAUACGCGCGGGACAUUUUUGAAGAAUAUCUUCAGCACCCGAAGCAAUGAAUUCCACUCCAAGAGCGUCAAACCCGUCCAGAAAUUAUACAGUCUUCAAAAUGCACUCCAAAUCGAGAGCAUCAUGAACGACAACCUUCAAGGAGCGAACAAGGGAAAGACGUGCGAUAUUGCAGACUGGAUCUCAUUCUUUGCUUACGACUUUCUUGGCGAUAUGACAUGGAGCAAGCGUAUUGGCUUCACGGAAAAGGGUGAAGACAUUGAUGAUAUGUUCGUUGGCCAAAUCCCCCAUCUUGACAAAUGGCUUGGCAAGAAUCCCAAAUGGCCCCGCUCACUUUACAAAUUCGAUGACUUCGCUGUCGCUGCCGGCUUCUCGGUUGAGCGCUUUAUGGAGCGUAUGCAGAACCCUGAACUUGGUAAUGGCAAGAAUGACUUUCUCAACGGCUUCCUCGAGGCCAAGAAGGAGUUUCCCGAGCUCGUUACUGAUAAUGAAGUUAUUGGGUACAUGAUCAUCAACGUUCUCGGCGGCGCAGAUACCCUUGCAAUUGUGAUCAAAGCCAUAUUCUAUCAUAUCCUCAAAAGCCCCGCUGCCAAAGCGCGCCUCGUCCAGGAACUCCUUUUCGCACAUCUGUCCUACCCAGCGCCCUACAAGACCAUUGAACAACUUCCAUACCUUGACGCUUGUAUCAAAGAGGGGCUACGUAUGCAUCCUGUAGUUGGUCACAUUCUCGAACGCGUUGUACCUGCCACUGGUCUCACCUUGUCCAACGGAAUAACUCUACCACCAGGGACAAUCGUCGGCGUGAACCCAUGGGUCAUGCAUUACAAAGAAAGCAUCUUCGGAGCGCAGCCACACACGUUCCGUCCGGAACGUUGGAUGCGCGACGAGAAUGAAGAGCAGGCUGUGUAUGAUGCCAGAAUCAAGAACAUGAAAGAAGCAGACAUGGUGUUUGGCGGUGGUAACAGGAUUUGCCUCGGCAAGCCGUUGGCACUGGUGGAGGUAUACAAAGUUGUUGCAACUUUAUUUGCAAAGUACAAGAUUGACCUCGAGGAUGCAAACAAGGAGUGGGAUCUACAUAAGCAGUGGUUUGUAUGGCCCCAUGAUAUCAAGGUCAAGCUGAGUCCACUUGAGAGCGCCCCGUAG